GCCGAGUAUUGCCGAGUCGAGCCCAGCCCGUUGCCUGCCCCGCACACAUCACUGCUGCGCUGCUAACGGCUAGCGUGAGGAACUAGCCAUGAGCUAAGGGAGCAGUUCUCAAGGAAGCCUCUUUUUUCCCCUCCCUUUUAGCCACGGCAACUUAAAACCCUGCCCGAGGCGCCACCUACGCGAAAGCCUUCAACGACGCCGGAAUCAAAAGCCUCGCCGCUGCAGUUGGCAUUGUUGUUCUAAUUGGCACAGCCCUCAUCCCCCACCCCAGCCCCUUACGUAGAGCCAUGGCGGCGGCGAAACCCAAAGGGCAGAAUUCUCUCGCCCUCCACAAAGUGAUCAUGGUGGGCAGCGGCGGAGUGGGCAAGUCGGCCCUCACGCUUCAGUUCAUGUACGACGAGUUUGUGGAAGACUACGAGCCCACCAAAGCGGACAGCUACAGGAAGAAGGUGGUGCUGGACGGCGAGGAGGUGCAGAUCGACAUCCUGGACACGGCCGGGCAGGAGGACUACGCCGCCAUCCGCGACAACUAUUUCCGCAGCGGCGAGGGCUUCCUCUGCGUUUUCUCCAUCACCGAGCUGGAGUCUUUUGCUGCCACCGUCGACUUCAGAGAGCAAAUCCUGCGGGUGAAGGAGGACGAGAACGUUCCCUUCCUGCUGGUGGGCAACAAGUCAGACCUGGAUGACCGGCGACAGGUGAACGCCGAUGAGGCCAAGGCCCGCGCCGACCGCUGGGGGGUCUGCUACGUGGAGACCUCGGCCAAAACCAGAGCCAACGUGGACAAGGUGUUCUUUGAUCUGAUGCGGGAGAUCCGGGCGAGGAAGAUGGAGGACGGCAAAGAGAAGAACGGCAAGAAGAAGAGCAAGAGUCUGGCCAAGAGAAUCCGGGAGAGGUGUUGUAUUUUAUAGUGGCCCAACGGCAACGACAACAACAAAAAAGCCAGAGAGCUGCUUGUGUACAUAAUAUACAUUUGUCAGACUUAUUGUUUGAGACCGCAACCCCCCCCCCACCCCCACGUCAAAUACGCUCGCUAACUUUCCAAUCGAUCCUUGCAGGCGUCCGGUCUCUUCCUUCACAACGUCCGCAAUGUAUGCAAAUUGAGGCGGGUGUGUGCUGCUUAAAAACAAAGUGCAAAGCCUCGGUCAGCAUACGUUACAGAUGGCAUCAUUUCAACGUACACACUUCUUAGUGCCUCUUGUGAUUUUCCCGCUGUCGAGAAAUGGGCGACUAUCGCAUAACAUCGCCAGGAGAAAAGAAGACCUCCCCCCCCCACCAUUCUCGUGCACAAUGAAUGCUUGUUAUUGAAUUUGCUGUUAAUGCUUUGUAUUUUUGCUUUUGUGAUCGAAUCAUAAUUGGUGCUCAAACGGUUCGGUCGAGUCAUGCCACACGCCAUGCUGGCAUCUGGAAGGCCAAUUUGACCAAACUGGCAGAGAAAGCAAAGCGCUCUCCACCAUUGAGUUGAAGCGAGAGCGGACAGAUAAGCGAUUGCGCCGAGUGCGCUUGGACAACAAUUUUACAAAUUGCCGCUUGGUUCCCUUUUUUUUUUUUUUGCAGAGGGCUGAGCCACGCCAGUUAUGAUUAUUGUUCCCUUCGGCUAUUUCCUCCACUAAACAAACUGGUCGGGCAUGACUGGAGACUGUGACCUUGUUGUCCUUUCCAAUUCCUGUUCGAAAUGGCUCAGUUGAUUGCACUCGUCACCAAAACUACAAAAGCGUUUAGGAAAAAUGCUGGGCUCGCUUAAGCUUCGAUGCGUUGAGGUGAAGCCAAAAUGGAGCGAUGAGAACCGUGGCACGGUUGGAGUUUAAGGGCUAACCUCCGCGUCCCUCCUGAAAGACAAAACAAAAUGUUGACAUUCCUCUAUUGUCACAGUGUUGCCAUAACUACUAAAAAAAAAAAAAAAAAAACCUAACAAAUGACCACCA